AUGGCGUCAAACGAAGUGCCCAAGACCUGCAAGGUCAUUCUCGCCGACACAAUAGCCAAGAAGCUUCUAGCAGAGGUCAAGGAGACGCUGGCUAGCAUCCAGGGUGUCAGCAAGCCCACUCUGGUAGCUUUUCUGGCUAACGAUGAUCCCUCCGCCGGGCAAUAUGCCGACUGGUCCAAGAAGACGUGCGAAGAGAACGGCUUCAACUUCGACCUCCGCAAGGUCGAUAAGGAAGCCCUUGAAGAGGCCGUCGUGGCCGCCAACAACGACGACGCCGUCGACGGCAUCCUAGUCUACUACCCCAUCUGGCGCAACAACCAGCAGCAAGACCGGUACAUCCAAGAAACCGUAGCACUAUCCAAAGAUGUCGAAGGGCUCUGCCACACCCACCUCUUCAACAUGUACCACAACAUCCGCUUCCUGGACCCGCCCACCAACACCAAGAAGUCCCUCCUCCCCUGCACCCCACUGGCCAUCGUCAAAGCCCUCGAGCACCUGCAGAUCUACAACCCCAUCCUCGCCUACGGCAACCGUCUCUUCGGCAAAACCAUCACGGUCAUCAACCGCAGUGAAGUCAACGGGCGUCCCCUAGCCGCCCUCCUCGCCAACGACGGCGCCACUGUGUACAGCGUCGACAUCACGGGCGUGCAGCUAUUCACACGCGGCAGUGGCAUCCGCGCGCCGCGCCACCAGGUCCUGGACAAGGAAGGGUGGGGGCUCAAGGAGGUGCUGCCGCUCAGCGAUGUCAUCAUCUCGGGCGUGCCGAGUGAGGAUUACAAGGUGCCGACGGAGCUGAUCCGGGACGGCGCGGUGUGCAUCAACUUCUCGAGCUACCGCAACUUUGAUGGGCCGGCGGUCAAGGAGAAGGCGAGCAUUUAUGUGCCUAGUACCGGCAAGGUCACUAUUGCUGUCUUGCUGCGUAAUUUGGUGCGCCUAACUGCUAACCGACCACGGCCUGAGGGGGUAUCCGAGGAGGAUGACAAGGCGAGGACUGAAGCCUUUAAGGAUGGCUGA